CAACUUUCACUAGCUAGAAGAUACUUCCUCAUCUGGGUCACUACAAAUCUGUAUCUUCCGCUGUUAUAUUACAACAAUACGUAACUAAACAAAUAAUAUUUGUUUUAACUUGUGAAAAAAAUGUUUUGGUUUUACGUUAUUUUCGGUGUUGUGGUUUUUAUUUAUUCUUAUUUUCAUUACAGUUACAUGUAUUGGUUGGAGCUCAGAGUGCCUUCACUGAGCCCUGAAUUUCCUUUUGGAGAUAUGAAAGAUCCCAUUUUAAGGCGGCAAUGCAUGGGCGAGAAAAUCAAAGAAAUCUACGACUUCGGAACCAAACAUUGGUACAAUUAUAUAGGCCUGUACUUUUUCAGCAGGAAAGUCUUUUUACCCAUAGAUCCUGAAUUGAUAAAGAACAUUUUGGUCAAAGAUUUUAAUUAUUUCUCAGAUAGAGGUAUCCAUUACGACGAAAAGUACGACCCUUUGAGUGCUCACUUGUUCUCCAUCGCAGGACCGAAAUGGAAGAAUUUGAGGGCCAAACUCACACCGGCCUAUUCGCCGGUUAAAAUCAAAGGAAUGUUCGACAUUAUGUACAAGUGUGCUCAUGAAAUGAUGCUGUUAGUAGGCGAAAUAGCUAUGUCGGGAAGACCAGUCGAUAUAAAGGAAAUUAUGGCAAGAUACAGCACUGACGUUAUUGGAUGCUGCGCUUUUGGAUUGGACUGUAACACGAUGAGAGAUCCAGACGCAGAAUUCAGAAAAAUGGGCAAAAGAGCCUUCACGCAAACCGUAGGAGACCUUUUAAAAAUGGUAGUUAUUCGAAGUUUCCCGUUCUUAGCUAGACUGUUUGGAAUUGGAGUUUUCCCCAAAGAUGUCACCGAAUUCUUUAGAAGGGUCGUGCGUGAAACUAUAGAAUAUCGUGAAAAAAACAAUGUGACACGAACAGAUUUCAUGCAAUUGUUGGUUCAGCUCAAGCAAAAGGGCAAAGUCGAUGAGGAUACACCAACUGAGGAACAAAAAUCGGAGACAGAGCCUGGUACAGCCUUAACAAUAGACGAAGCAGCAGCCCAAGCUUUCAUAUUCUUCUUAGCAGGAUUCGAAACAACCUCAACCACUACUAGUUUUGCCUUGUUUGAACUUUCAAUCAACUUUAUGUAUCGUGAAAAAGCCAGGAAAGAAAUUUCAGCAGUCUUAGAGAAAUACAAUGGAACGAUGACCUACGAUGCCCUAAUGGAAAUGAAAUAUUUGGAUCAGAUCAUCAGCGAAACUUUAAGGAAAUAUCCUCCUGCACCGGUUUUCCUGAGGGUAUGUACAAAGCGGUAUCCCAUUCCUGACACUGACGCCUACAUAGAGAAGGGCCAAUCAGUGCUGAUUCCGUGUUACGGUCUUCACAGGGACGAUCGCUAUUGGCACGAGCCUGACAUCUUCGAUCCGGAAAGAUUCAGCGAGAAGAACAAGGAUAAAAUCGUGGAUGGAACUUAUAUUCCUUUUGGAGCAGGACCACGAAAUUGUAUAGGAAUAAGAUUUGCUCUAGUCCAAGCCAAGAUUGCCCUUGCCCUAUUCCUCAUGAAUUUCGACUUUGACUUGAGCCCUAGAACGAAAUUGCCUCUCAAAAUGGAGACCAAAGGCAUCAUUCUGUCACCAAUAGGAGGGUUGUGGUUGAGAGUCAAUCCCAUAGACUGAUACUAAUAUUAGAUUAGACACAAUAAAUUUACCAGUAGAUUUAUUAGUAGGUUUUGUAGUAUGUUAUGUCACUAUAAUUGUUAUUUAGGUUUAUAAUAUUGUUGGAGAAUAUUUUUUUAUAUAAGAAAGAUACAUAAAAUUUUAAUAGAAUAUUAAGUGAAUGAUAUAAUACAAAUAUUUGUUUUUUUAUGAUGGUAAAAUUGGGUUUUAAAGACACUUCUAUCUGUCCAAGAAGAA